AUGAAGUCUCCUUUAUUCGAGCGGCUCGAGUUCCUCGACGACUCGGUUCUUGGUCUCGCCUUCACGAACCACAUCCACAUCGAGUAUCCUAACCUCAACCUGAAGGAGCUGCGUGAGUUGCGAGCCGUAAAUGUAUGUAACGAGAAGUUGGCUCGUGUCGCCGUCAACCACGGCCUCUACCAAUUCAUACUCGGUGGUGAUCCUUCUCCUUCGUCAGAUGUAAAAGUAAAAGAAUUCUCAGAGGAGGUGAGCAAAGAAGAUGAUCCAUUUUCUUAUGGUGGAUCCGUGAAAGCCCGGAAGAUCCUCUCUGACCUGGUGGAGUCCAUAGCUGGAGCUGUUUACGUUGAUGUGAAUUUCGAUAUACAAAGGCUCUGGGAGAUCUUCAGGUGUCUUUUGGAGCCAAUGUUCACGCUGGAGGAUUUGCGGCAGCAGCAAGAACCACUCACCAUGCUUUCUCAGUUGGGUGAUAAGCUCGGGAGGAGGAUCGACGUCAGAUGCUGCAAAGAUGGCGACAGUAGCAUUACCGCUGAGGUAUAUCUUGAUGAUACAUGUAUAGCUUCUGGGAGUGCUAAACAUGUAUGUGCUGCAAAGAUGUUGGUUGCUGAGGCAGCGUUACGGAAGUUGUCAGAAUCUGAACCCGUUGAAAAGGUUGAUUGUGUUGUCGUUGAAGCUGAGGAUACGAAAGGGAAGUCGUCUGAGAUUUGUUCCACUGAGAAGCUCCAGAUACAGACCGGAUCAUCUUCUUCUUUGCCCACGACCUCUGAGAAUCCUUUGGCCUAUGAACUGACACCAACGAAAAUGGUUAUUGAUGAAGAUUGUGUGCAUGUUGAAGUUGAACCUGGAGAUGUGAAAGGGAAGAUGUUUGAGAUUCGCUCCACUGAGAAGCUCCCAUUAUCUGAGAACACCUCAGACUAUGAAAUGGCAAAAAACAAAGAGGUUGUUGAUAAGGAUAGUCUGAAAGUUAAUCAUGAAGACGGCAAAGGGAAGUUGUCUGAGGCUUGCUCUACUACUAGAAAACUCCAAAUACAGACUCGACCAUCUUCUUCUUUGUGCACACACCGAAUACAGACUCGAUCAUCUUCUUAUAUGUGCACCUCCUGUGAGAACCUUUUAACCUAUGAAAUGACACAAAAUCAAAUGGGUAUUGAUGAGGAUAGUCUAGAGAUUGAACCUGAAGAUGCGAAAAGUAGGUUGAUUGUGAUUUGCGGCAACCAAAAGUGGCCGAUGCCGAUUUACAGUUUUGAGGAAGUAAGAGGAACACCCCACACGAGAUUUGUUUGUUCAGUUAAGAUUGAGAUCCCAACUAUUGAAGCUACGUUUCAAAUGAAGGGAGACGAGAAAGCAAGGAAAAAGGAAGCAGAAAACUCCUCAUCUUACCACAUGUUAAGAGCCUUGAAAUCUCCUCUACUGAGUCUUGUCAUAAGGAAUCUGGAAAUGCAAGAGAGUUUAGAGAAGAACCUGCAAACGCCGGAAAGUUCAGUGGAGAAGAAGAAGAAUCUGCAGACGCCGAAAAGUUCAGAGGAAAAGAAGAACAACAAGAGAAAGCGAGGAAAAAUGAUCUAG